CUCGUCAUCGUCGACUGCAACCCAGCUUCAAUUCUAAGCUGCGGACAUUGUCAUGUGCUUUAUGGCCGCCUGCGCUUGCAUGCGGCGUGCUUGUGUCUGUGAGUCAACAUAUCCUGUGAGCUUGGGGAAGGGACGAUGAAUAUGUCCUUCCCGCCUUCCUGAUGAUGGAAUGAGGUGAGAACGAGGAACCAACUCCAUUCGUGUCCUGCUGCGUCGCUUUGUCUUGAUGCCAUGAACCCGUCAACCUCGAGCGAACGAAGGGGUCGCUAACAAAGUCGUUCCUUUUUGGAUUCUUGUACCAAGUUUUUGGUUUGAGUUCUCUUUUUGGGCUUACCUAGGAACAUCUUCAUCUUUCCCAUGCUCACCUCAACAGCAUUCGACAUACACCUUCAAGCCUAGGCCGUCUGCCAAACCACUCGGAAGCGUUGAUCCUACGACUCGGACUAGUCAAUAUCUUGGGCGGACCCAAAGAUUGGUUUCUGUCUAUUGUGCAUGUGUAAAUUGCAAGGUGGGAAACCCCGCUGCUGCAGCCACACGUGAGGUGCUGGCAGAAUCACGUCGUGAACGCGACUCGACAUACUUCACUCUCUGACCGAGCCAAAACAAACACACCGAAACGGAGCCAUUUCUCUGUUCCUUUGCCUUUCACCGACACUUCCUGCACCUCAAGGCAGGGCUUGAUGCCUGUGGCCAGCAAACUUAGCUGGCAGUAUGUCGGCACCUCAUCGCAGCCAUGAUCAUGAUUCUUCUCUGAAGCACGUACCAUCUCAAAAUCAAAAGACUUCACGAAGAAGUGCCUUGACCGAAAUCCAGCCUCGAGCAGCCCCCCAUUCAAGAAGCUCCCGGCAAGCCCAAGUCUCCUCACACCGCCUUCCCCAUCAUGAAUCCCUGAAGCCUGAGGGGAAUUUGUCUGUCCAAGAUAGAAUGGUCAACAAAACUCCUGCUGUUAAGAAUAAGCAUCUCUCAGCCAUCGCAGACGAGCUUGCCACUGAAGAUAAGCGGAACUCACAAGCUUCAGAUGUUUCAUUCCUCACAGGCAAGUCCAAGAGAAAAACCCAUGUUGGCCCUUGGCAGUUAGGAAAAACUCUUGGGAAAGGGGCAACUGGGAGAGUGCGUCUUGCCAAACAUGCUGUCACUGGACAAAAGGCGGCUGUCAAGAUUGUCUCCAAGAAGUCCGCUGCUCUGGUUCAAAGCGCCAGCAUGGCUCGUAUGGAUACAAAAGACACUUCUGCCAUGAUUGCCGCUGGCCCACGCACCAUGCCCUUUGGUAUCGAGCGUGAAGUAGUCAUCAUGAAGUUGAUCGAGCACCCCAACAUUAUUCGUCUCUACGACAUAUGGGAAAAUCGGGGCGAGCUCUACUUGGUAUUGGAGUACGUUAGAGGUGGUGAGCUCUUUGAAUAUGUCUCUGCCAAUGGUGCCCUGCCUGAGCAAGAAGCCGUUCGACUUUAUCGUCAAAUCAUCGCAGGCUUGUCAUACUGCCACCGUUUCAAUAUUUGUCAUCGAGAUCUGAAGCCCGAGAAUAUCCUGCUUGACGAACACAGAAAUAUCAAGUUGGCAGACUUUGGCAUGGCAGCGCUGCAGCCAGUGGGUAAAUGGCUCAACACGCCUUGUGGAAGCCCACAUUACGCCGCGCCAGAGAUCAUCAACCAGCUCAAAUAUCGUGGAGAUCAAGCAGAUGUUUGGAGUACGGGUAUCAUCCUGUUUGCCAUGCUCAAUGGAUUUCUCCCCUUCGAUGGAGGCAAUGUAUCUGCAACUCUUUCUUUGGUCAAAAAGGGCGACUACUACCUUCCCCCAUCACUCAGUGUCGAAGCUUCUGACUUGAUCCAGCGAAUUUUGCAAAAACGCCCGGACCGCAGAAUAUCGACGGAAGACAUCUGGACUCAUCCUCUUCUCCGCAAGUAUGAGAGAUACCACGCAAGUCUAGCUGCCCCAGAACCUCUGGUUGGACCCGCACCUCCAUUGGAUAUCGAAGCACAGUCUCAGCGUGUUCUAAAACGAUCCGAUAUUGACAUAGAGGUCUUACGGAAUCUUUCUAUUCUAUGGCACGGUGAACAGGAGGCAGAAUUGGUAAAGAGACUGGUCAGUAACGAGGCAAACCACGAGAAACUCUUUUACUGGGCUCUCAUCAAGUUCCGUGAGGACCAGCUCGAAAACUACCAAGGUGAUCCUCUUCAUUACUCGGCAAGUGACUAUCACCACAUCGCCAAGCCUGCUCCGAAACCCGCAAGAAAGCCCACCAGAGUCCGGGGGCAUCACCGUCGUACGUCUCAAUUUUCCAUUUUGAGUGAGGACAGUACCAGAAAGGAUGGCUACUAUAAACAGCCCGCCACUGCAGCGAGUAAAGGAACUCAAGGAAGUUAUGACCCCUUCCGCGCUUCUCGCACCGCCCUUCAAGCUGGCUCGAACCUAGGUUCUACGCUCAUCAGCGGUCGUAAAACUUCCGAGCCUUCAGUAAGUUCCGUUGGCAGUCUUCGUCAACUCACUUUGGGCCGUCUAGCCGAAGACAUCCCCGAAUUGCCAAGUUUUACGUCGGAAGAGUUGGAGAGGUUGCUUCAAAAGAAACGUUCGCACUCGACAGUGACCUCAAAAAGCUCCUUGUCCAGUGUGAGGCGACGCACAGGCAUCAAGAAGUCAAUGAGCUAUAAGCGACGAGUCAGCUUCCAGCAUCAUCGCCAUAUCUCGAAUUCCAACCCGCCUCCAAUUCCAAAAGCACUCGAGCGAAAUGCAGAUGUUGACAGACCACCAACUCGGAGCACCACCAAUCGAACUUCUGAAAGCCAGAGUAGCCCAAGCCUGCCGACGCCUUCUCCACCUCUUCGACCUAGGAAAUGCCCCUCGGAGGCGGAUGUGAAAAGACGUCGAGAUUAUCCUUGGAGGGACGAAACACGGACCGCAAGCGUUGAACUCGGCAAGAUAUGUGAAGAGGCUUUCAACAGGUCUUCUGUGUCAACCGUCAGCGACACAACUCCAAUUCGACCGGCAGAAUCCUCUCUGACGUCUGUCUCGAUUCACAAUUCCAGAGUCCCCAGCAGCAUCCGUGAUCGCCCACUACCUGCCACUCCAAUCCUGCAAGGUUUGAUUGAUCGGCGCCAGAAAAUCAUCGAUAGCUGGGGCGAUGCUGAUAAGACUGUGCUUGCUGACAUGCUGGCGGCUGUUGACAAGCGUAUUGAUGCGGAAUUAGAGAAACAUCAGUUGUUUGAGAAGCGCGCAGCUUCAGACCCCACACCCCAUCAGGGCAGAAGAAUUAUGUACAGCCAAGCACCAUCAUCGGAUACUCUGCAUGAUCUCAAGCAGCGUCGCGAACACUCGACUCGUGCGGCAUCUGAUCCGAUCAGACAAACCGGCACAAUACGCUUAGUGACCCCGGAUCCCACAUCCCCGACGACGCAUGUUGAACCUCUGCACAUUAGGAAGAACAAGGCUGCUCCAAUCAAUUCCUUGAGAGGCGGCCCUUAUGAGCCUACGCGUGCCGGGUACGAUCAUCGCCUCCAUGGCGGGGCUGAUCUUGAUACCAUUGAUGAGGAUCCGACAUCAUCGGACAAAGGUAGUCCAACCCAGAUACCAAUGAUGCCCCGGAAGUGGUUGUGGCGUGGCAAGCGCAGCCCUCUUGGCCCUGACUCUCCUGGCUUACCGACGUCAGCAGAUGAUACGGCGAGCUCUGAGCAGCUAGGGUCUCAAGUUGUGCAUGCUAGCGGAUCUACCAAUUCUUCAGGCAAUACCAAAGUUCAUUUCAAUGACCAUGACCUUGAAAUGGCUCUCGAAAAGAAGAGGAGUUGGUUUCAGAAGAUGUUCUCGAGGGCGACAAAGGGCAAAAUGCAGCACCUCGUGCUUCCUGGUGACCAUCAAAUCGUGCAUGGGCUGGCAGAAGACACAGAUUCCAACGAAGCCAGUAGCACUGAGCCGAGCGGGAAGCUAUUACCCAAAGCAUAUCCACCAGUCGUGAAUGUCGAUACCAGUGUCGGCGGAGCCACAAUAGGCCCGAUUGAAAUCAACCAGAACUGGCUUGCCAAAUUCUUUCAUAUCAAGCCUGCGACGCGGGUGGUUUGCUUGAUGACUACUAAAGCUAAGGCCAGGAGAGAACUUGUCAAGGUUUUGAGAAGUUGGCAAAAACAGGGUUUGGAGGACAUUGUUUCAGAGCGACGUGCAGAAGGAGAUGUAGUGCGGGCGCGUGUCGAUGUGAACAACGCUUUCAACCUCAAGGCUGUUCACUUCCACGCCUGUCUUUACACAGUUCUCGAGCAUGGGCGAAAGGCCAAUCUCAGUGUCAUCAAGUUCACUCAGGCCAGAGGAGCAGCCAGCACGUUUACCCGAGUUGUUGAUGUUGUCGAGGCCGUCUUUCAGAGAAGCAACUUACUUGUCCUGGAUGAGAUCCGCCGAAAGGGAAUUGAGAAGUCUCUCAAGCAGGCAGGACUUUGAGGUUGGAUGAAUAGGUAAGUAUCUGUUGGAAGUAUGCUCGGCUUGAACGGCACUAUUUGCCGAUUCUUGUGUACAUUCAUUGGGAUCACUGCUUGGUGCGUUACGAGGUCAGGAUACAAUGGCCGUCCAAAGGUGGGGACAAGUUUGGGCGUUAUGCACAUGGUUAGGUUUGCUAAGAUAGGACUGUAGCCAGCGUGUUUGAGUCUUGUCAAAGGUAGAGCACCAGGCUAGUUACGAG